AUGGAGAAAUACAAAAAGUUCAACAGACCUCUGUACAUUGCUUUCAUUGAUUAUGCUAAAGCGUUCGACACGAUUUCUCAAAACGCUAUCUGGGAAGCAAUGAAAAAAUACCACAUAAACCAAAACUAUGUAAGAGUACUAAAGAACAUCUAUGAGGGCAGUGUAAGUCAAGUCAAACUGGAAACACGAGGUCCCAACAUACCGAUCUGUCGAGGAGUGAGACAAGGGGACCCUCUCUCACCCAAACUGUUCAUAUUGGUUCUACAAUACAUUUUUGACAAUCUCAACUGGCAGUCAGAAGGGAUCAGAGUUAACCAAGAUCAACUUACACAUCUCAGAUUUGCGGACGAUAUUGUCUUAUUCGCUGAGACAAGUAAGAGAUUAGAAGAAAAAGGAUAA